CUUUGAAGUUAUGUACCUGACUGUAGGUAGGUCUUUUAGCGCUUCUACCAGACCUUCACCAAUAGAACUCUACCUUUCCAAUAUCAAUUAAACGUCUUACCAUUGGGCCCUUACGACUCACAUGAAGGUCGCAACCGUUUGGUCCUUCUUUAUCAUCGACGCCCAGAGCUCUUCUAGUACUUGUUGAACAACACAAAAUAGCUUUCUUCUCAGUAUGGCAGGCGCCUUCAACAUCCAGCCUAUUGGCCGUUUUAACGGUGAAAGUGAGCCUGUGAAGAGGCCCAAGGAAAUAGCUUUCUUCUCGUACGACGACAAACACGAGUUUCAUCUAGACGAUCGGUCAAUGCAAUGGUACUAUCCUCCUGAGACCGGAGUAGAUCUAUCUAACGGGUUUGACCAAUUCGACAAGCAUGAUAACUCGAAGGAUGAGCACAUCGAUAGUCUUCUCAAGACAAUUAUGGCCCAUGAACAGGAAGAGGGUAAAAAGAUUGAUGCCCAGGUCGUCACUUGGCGCGGCAUGAUGACCAAGAUCAUGUCGGCUCCGUUCGAGGAUCGAGAUGGCUUCGAAAUGAAUGCUACUCUUUACCAAGAUUGCAUCUUCAUCGAAGAAAAUUUUGCCUACGGACUGGCGGCAAAACAGGAACAAGAGCGUCAACAAACAAAACAAACAAGACGACGAGGCCAAUUCCCGCCAGAGGUUAUGACGUAUUGGGGUUAUAAAUUCGAGACGCUGUGCUGUUUGCCACGCCCCUGGGCAGAGGUCACCAGAGACUUCAUCGAGAAUAGGGACAAGCAAAUAGUGAGCAACAAAGCUCAGUACUGCUCAGUGGUCCGCACCGGAAUUGGCAAAACGACAUUAUGUCUAGGGGGUGAGGUUGACGCAAUCUGGGACUCUAAGCCGGCACAAAAGGGAGCACCGAUCAACUGGAUUGAACUCAAGACCAGUGCCGAGAUCCGCGACGACAGGGGCAUGCAGAACUUCGAGCGCAAGCUCAUGAAGUUCUGGAUCCAAUCCUUUUUACUCGGUGUGCCGAAGAUCAUCGUUGGCUUUCGGUCUCAGCAAGGUAUCCUCACGAAGCUUGAAGAGAUUCAGACUGCCAAGAUCCCCGAAACGGCUGCCAAACGGGGUGUUCGAAGUUGGGAUGCGAACAUGUGUAUCAACUUUUCUGGUGCCUUCUUGGAAUGGCUGAGAAGUACCAUUAACGAUGAAGGUGUCUGGAGGAUAAGGAGAAAACCACAUUCAGGGACCAUUGAGGUGUUCAAAGUGGAGGAAGUCGGUCACGGAAACAUACUCACGGAUGAGUUUAUCAACUGGCGCAUAAAAUUGAGUUUGAAUAGUGGCGAUGGGAGCUCCUGAGGCACAGGCUCAUUCGCCCCUUUUGAAUAGCUUCAUUGAUUGAACUUGAGAUUUGCCGUUUGCCCGCCCUCUUGCUAGAAACGCCGGCUCCUUUCUAUAUCUAGAUACCCGAUUACGAUCUCUGUAUAUCUAUAAAGUCUACUUAUCAUUAUACAUACAUGUAUAUAUAGCACAUGUACUGAAUACCUAGGGACAUACCUAACCAUCUUAUUGGUUGAGGUUCACGUGCAUCUUUCGUCGCAGGGGAUCGAAAUUCGUCCCGUUCUCGGGGUUUCCGGAAGUUCGCUUCCCGUUGACCUCGUUGUGGAUGCUGUCGAGAUCGACCUCGAAGGCCAUGUGGUUGAGGAAGUUACAUACCUGCCAAAACAUAACAGUGUUAGCAAAAGGUCUCAGCUCACUCACACCUAGGGAAUAAUCAACUCACAGGCUUCCCAUGCCACC